GUCUAACUCGCUCAGUCUCUGAUGAUUGACAGGUGUAUCCGCCAAUCAGGUGCCGGGUUCCCCUCCGGGAACCAAUCACAGCGCAGGGCGGGGGCAGUCGUUGCGGCCUGGCAGUGAGAGCAUCCUGAGUGAGAGCGGAGACCGGAGCGAGGCAGCUCUAUACUUUGAAAAGCAGACGCUAAAGAACACCCUUUACAAAGAAUGUCAUCUGGAGCGCUAUUCCCCAGCCUUGUACCAGGCUCCAGGGGGUCUACCAGCAAGUACUUGGUGGAAUUCCGAGCUGGUAAGAUGUCCUUAAAGGGUAGCACUGUGACACCGGACAAACGGAAGGGCCUUGUCUACAUUCAGCAAACGGAUGACUCCCUUAUUCACUUCUGCUGGAAAGACAGAACUUCUGGAAACGUGGAUGAUGACCUGAUCAUAUUCCCAGAUGACUGCGAGUUUAAGAGAGUGACACAGUGCACCACUGGACGCGUGUUUGUGUUGAAAUUCAAGGCUGGAUCCAAGAGACUGUUUUUCUGGAUGCAGGAACCAAAGACCGAUAAGGAUGAGGAGAAUUGCCGCAAGGUAAAUGAGUACCUGAAUAACCCUCCGAUGCCCGGUGCUCUAGGGGGAAGUGGCAGUGGAGGUCAUGAGCUUUCUGCUCUCGGAGGAGAAGGUGGAUUGCAGAGCCUCCUGGGAAACAUGAGCCACAACCAACUGAUGCAGCUGAUUGGACCCACAGGCCUUGGGGGACUAGGAGGCCUGGGAGCCCUGACUGGACCUGGAUUGGCCAGUUUACUGGGGAGUGGGGGCCCCACAACAAGCAGCUCAUCCUCUAGCAGCUCUCGCAGCCAGUCAGCAGCGGUCACUCCGUCCAGCACCACCUCUUCCACACGGACCGCCACAGCAGCACCAGUCACUCCGGCUGUCGUUCCUGCUGCUACCCCUAGCCCAGCAGUGAGCUCUGGCAACGGGGCCAGCGCAGCAGCAAGCCCCACGCAACCCAUCCAGCUGAGUGACCUUCAGAAUAUCUUGGCUACAAUGAAUGUGCCGGCCACCGGGGAAGGUGGGCAAAGAGUGGAUUUGGCCACUGUGCUCACUCCUGAAAUCAUGGCUCCUAUUCUGGCUAACGCUGAGGUUCAGGAGAGAUUGAUGCCAUACCUGCCAUCUGGGGAGUCUCUGCCACAGACUGCAGAAGAGAUUCAGAACACACUCACAUCCCCUCAGUUCCAGCAGGCCCUGAGUAUGUUCAGCGCUGCGCUAGCUUCUGGCCAGCUGGGACCAUUGAUGAGCCAGUUUGGGCUACCAGCGGAGGCAGUCGAUGCAGCCAAUAAAGGAGAUAUUGAAGCUUUUGCAAAAGCCAUGCAGAGCAGUUCUUCCCAGAAAGAGCGCGACUCGAAGGAAAAGAAAGAGGAGGAAGAAGACAUGAGCUUAGAUUAAAUCCCACCUUGUCCCGUAUUGCCAAGCCUCUGUCAUGGUUUUUGUUUUAUUUUUGCAAUGUUAAUAAAUGUAAUUCAGUGGCA